UGCGGCUACUGCUGGGCGGAGAAAGGCUGACAGCCUAGGGUUGGGCUGCUCAGGUCGAGCCGCAGCUGGGGCACGGCGGGGAGGGGCUGGCUCCCUGGCUCUGGUGAUCUUUUAAAUUCUCCGGCUCUCGGGCUGCCUGUCCACUCUUAACCUGUCCGUCUGCAGCGAGCGCUGCACUGCUCAGCUCUCCCAAGGACGCCUGUCCUCUACUUUAGGCGGGAGAUGCUGCUGCUCGAUUGCAACCCAGAGGUGGAUAGUCUGAAGCAUCUGCUGGAGACCGGGGCCUCCGUUAACGCACCCCCGGAUUCCUGCGAGCAGUCGCCUGUCCACUUGGCUGCAGGUGGCGGCCUUGCUUGCUUUCUUCUCUGGCAGCUGCAGACGGGCGCUGACCUCAACCAGCAGCUUCGUCAAGCAAUAAACCUCACUCAUCAACUUCCACAAGAGUGUUUUGGGGAGACUAAAAUAUGCUGUCUUGUCUGUAAGGAUGUUUUUGGAGAAGCUCCACUACACAAAGCAGCAAGAGUUGGAAGCAUGGAAUGCCUCAGCCUGCUUGUAGCCAGUGAUGCCCAAAUUGAUUUAUGUAAUAAGAAUGGGCAAACAGCUGAAGAUCUUGCUUGGUCAUGUGGAUUUCCAGAAUGUGCCAAGUUUCUUACAACAAUUAAAUGUAUGCAGACAAUAAAAUCAAGGGAACACCCCAAUAAAGAUCAUUGUGUUCAAGUGCUCACACAGAAACGAAGUUUGGGAAGUGAGGAAAAUACAAGUGGGAAAAGGAAGUGUUGAUGUAUUGGUCAUGAAGAGGUGUGGAGAAGGUCUUCACUUCAUGCAGGUUUACCGCUCAGCUAAAAGCUGUGGCUUCAGGCUCAUCAAGUGUGUCUAAACUCCUUCUAAGAAGGAGGAAACCUUUCUUCUAAGCGAAGAUAACAUUCAAGAAUACAUGUAUUUACAUGCCUAUAAUGUUCCAGUUGUGCAUGCUUUGUCUCUUAACUUCUUAAAAGAAUGUCUAAAGAAUAAAUUGUUUUCUUCGUGAUAUUUACAACCUUUGGAAAAACUCAUAAAAACCAUCAAACUUGAAAUUAA